AUGUCGCAGGUGUUACCUUACAACGAAGAGAACAUUUCUCAUUAUGGCGAUGAAGGGGACGAAGAACAAAUAUCUCUCACUUGUCGUUUGCAGAACACCAGUAACUUCUUUGGUGCUGCUCAGAACAAAAGACCACCCAAACUUGGACAGAUUGGAAGGAGUAAGCGAGUUGUCAUAGAAGAUGACAGAAUUGAUGAAGUGUUGAAAAACACAACAGAGAAGCCGUCAAGCGAAGUGUAG